GCUCUGCAACUCGGCGAGCCUAUCGCCUGCUGCAACGAAUCCCUCCAGCUUCUCUUUCUCUGCCGCCGUUCCCUUCGCCUCCUCUCGGCCAACCGCGCUUGUCUCCUCCUCCUCCUCCUCUCUUCCAUCUCCUCUCCCUUUCCUGGGAAAAAAAACUGCUUGCUCCCCAUAAAUAUCAGCAAGCCACACACACAGAAAGAGAGAGAGAGGUGAAUCCAAUUCAGUCGUCUCGGAACAAAUUCUUCUUCGUGGGGGGGCAAGAACCUGAUUUCCACUGCCCCUGACAAGGUUUUUGCCGCCGUGGACGGUAGGUUCUUGCUGUGGUCAUUUGGUGAGACAAUUGCGGGGUGAAAAGGAGCCGGAAAAAGCCGUAGAAAGACGGCAAUUUUUGUCCAUAGUCAGAGGCCUGAUUGUUCUGUUCUUAUCCCCGCGGGCGAGCGAUUUGACCAGCUUGCCGUCUCCGCAGCAGGCCAUCCAUCCACCGCCAUUCGCACAUCCGCCGCCUCGCCGCCUCUUCCUGUCCCGUCGCUUUGCUUUGUCAAGGAACAGCCGUAUCGUUGCCGUCGACCGCUCCAGGCCUCCAGCCACCUCAGGUUUAAGUCUGAGUUGCUUCCCUUAUUGCUGGGACAGUCAACCGCAGCGCAUUCAUGGAGGAUUGGAUGCUUCCCUCACCCAGCCCAAGAACACUGAUGCCAAGCUUCUUCAACGAAGAAUUCAGCUCUGCUCCCUUCUCCAACAUCUUCAGUGAUGAUAGAAGCAACAAACCCCUGGAUGAAAUCGAGAAGAGUAAAACUUUCAUUGGCUCGAGUGCUCAAGAAACCUCUCAAGAUACGAAAGACCAUCCACAGACUGAAUCAAACCUUUUCAGCGCAAAUCAGAAAUCAACCUCUCCAGGAGGUCUUGCAGAGAGGAUGGCCGCAAGAGCGGGUUUUGGUGUCCUGAAAAUUGACACGUCCCGUGUCAGUUCAUCUGGUGCACCAAUCCGGUCUCCGGUGACAAUUCCACCUGGUGUGAGCCCAAGGGAACUUCUUGAGUCACCGGUUUUCCUUCCAAAUGCCACUUCGCAACCUUCUCCUACCACUGGUAAAUUGCCAUUCCUGAUGCCUAAUAAUUUUAAAUCAACAAUGCCGUCCGUCCCCGAGAAGUCUGAAGAUCACUCACAUGAAGAUUCUGCGUUUUCCUUCCAGCCCAUUUUGAGGUCUAAACCAUCAACCUUAUGGACUGCAGAGAAGGGAUCAAGUGUUGUUCACCAAACCCAGUCCUUAACGAAGGAUAGUCAGGGGUUAAAUGUUCAUGCUAACCCAACUGCGACCAAGCAUGAAACUGAGGAAAAUCUAGUUAAACCUAAGACAUGUGAUUCCAUGUUUGAUGAACAGAGCGAGGAAAUCCAAAAUGGGGAAGAUUCUUCAGCUCCAGACACUGGCACCGCCGAUGAUGGAUAUUUUUUGAGGGUAAACAGGAGGGGCAUGCCCCUACUGGAUGAUGGAUAUAACUGGAGAAAAUAUGGAGAAAAGCAAGUGAAAAAAAGUGAACACCCAAGGAGCUACUACAAAUGCACUCACCCAAAAUGUCCUGUCAAGAAAAUGGUGGAGCGUUCUCUAGAAGGUCAUAUAACGGAGAUAGUCUACAGAGGUUCUCAUAGUCACCCACUGCCUCUUCCCAACAGCCGGCCAAGUGUCCCUUUGUCGCAUUUCAAUGAUUCAGAAGCUGAUGGUAACUUCAGUUCCAAGCCUGGGCCUGGCUAUGACUCGUCAACUUCACAGGGAAUUGCUCCAAAAGGUCAGUUCCAAGAUGUGCACAGCGGAGCUCUUGAAACAAAACUGUCUGGCUCUCUUACUACAACUGAGAUUGCUGACACGUCUGUUAUGGAGUCUAUGGAUGUCUCAUCAACACUCUCCUCCAAUGAGAAGGGUGAUAGGGCCAUGAAUGGUGCCGUUCCUUCAACCAAUGACAUGAACGAAGACGAGACUGAAUCUAAAAGAAGGAAAAUGGAGGUUUCUGUCGCUAGUAACACUGCCAACAUUGUCACUGAUAUGGCAGCUAUGGCAUCAAGGACUGCCCGGGAGCCUCGGAUUGUUGUGCAAACAACAAGUGAGGUCGACAUCCUUGACGAUGGCUACCGCUGGCGCAAGUAUGGACAGAAAGUUGUGAAAGGCAACCCAAACCCAAGGAGCUACUACAAAUGCACUUAUGCUGGCUGCUCAGUGCGCAAACAUGUGGAGAGGGCCUCAAAUGAUCUCAAGUCCGUGAUCACAACAUAUGAGGGGAGACACAACCAUGAAGUUCCAGCUGCCAGGAACAGCAAUGGGCAUCCGAGCUAUGGCUCCAGUGCUGCACCACAGGGUAGCAGUCUUCACCGGAGGCCAGAGCCUCCACAAUUCAGCAUGCCUCACGCUGCUGCCGCCGCUGCCUACGGUUCACUUUGUCUCCCACCACAACUCAAUGCAGCUUCAGGGGGUUUCUCCUUCGGAAUGCUCCCCCCUGCAAUGGCAAUGGCAAUUCCAGUACCAUCUCUGGGUAACUUCAUGCCAGCGCAGAUGCCUGGCCAUGGAUCACCAAUGCAGGGUUGUUCAGGCCUUAUGCUGCCGAGAGGUGAGGAGAAGGUGAACCCAGAGCAGCAGUCCAGAUUGCCGGUAGCGAAUGGGAAUGCGGCAGCAACUUACCAGCAGCUCAUGGGAAGGUGGCCUCAGGGUCAUCAGAUGUAAAUACUCCAGCAGGCACAAAGAUGAAACGAUAGGGUUUGUUUUUUGCUUGUGUACAUACACAAUGAAAUUAGGUUUCUUCUACCGUAGCUCCUUUGUUUGCUUUCAGGCUUUAGUAAGAUGAUUCUGAUAAUAGUGAGGGAGAGGGAAAGGGGAAGGGAUGAACUUGGGUGAUCAGGCUUUGCUGUUGUGUUCAUUGAAUUAUUCAGACUAAGGUCCUGGAGUAGUAACUAGCUUCA